GGUGAAGAACACGUUCAAAUGUCAAAGUAGGACAACUCUAUACCCCUCAUAAUUUGACUUUUAUACAAUCAUCAAUUACAUGUAUAUCCUCUUUCACUUGUUCUUCCCUCAUUCAACCCCAACCCAAAAUCCAAAAUGGAAACACAGAACUACACCACCAUCAAAAUCACUCAACAAAACCCCAACUCCCCAGUCUUCACCCUCUCCCUCAACCGCCCACACCACAGCAACGCACUCUCCCUCCAAUUCUUCACCGAAUUCCCCAACGCCAUAUCAUCCCUCGACCAAAACCCUAACGUCGCCCUCAUCCUCUUAUCCGGCACCGGCAACCACUUCUGCUCCGGCAUCGACCUCACCUCCAUAUCCUCCCUCACCGCCGACGUCCAAUCCUCCUCCGACCGCGGCCGUUCCGGCGAAAAACUACUCCGCCAGAUCAAGCACAUGCAGGAUGCCAUCACGAGUAUUGAAAAUUGCCGGAAACCGGUGAUCGCGUGUGUACACGGUGCUUGUAUUGGUGGAGGAGUUGAUAUUGUAAGUGCGUGUGAUGUUAGGUAUUGUACGGAGGAUGCGUUUUUUUCGGUUAAGGAAGUGGAUUUAGCGAUCACGGCGGAUCUUGGAUCGUUGCAAAGGUUGCCCGGGAUUGUAGGGUUUGGGAAUGCUAUGGAGUUGGCUUUGACUGCUAGGCGGUUUUCGGGUUUGGAAGCAAAGGAGUUGGGGCUCGUUUCGAAGGUGUUUGGGUGUAGAGAGGAGAUGGAGGAAGGUGUGAGGGUUAUUGCAGAGGGAAUUGCUGCAAAAUCUCCACUUGCUGUGAUUGGGACAAAAAGAGUGAUGCUAAAAAGUAGAGACUUGACAUUGGAUCAAGGUCUGGAUCAUGUUGCUACAUGGAACUCUGCUACGCUUUUAUCAAGCGAUUUAGAGGCGGUAAUGAAAGCACACCUGCGAAAAACGAAACCUUCGUUCUCUAAGCUAUGAUCAACCACUUUCCUUCGUUGUUGGUAAACUAUUUCUACAUGUUGCUAAAAUUAUAUAUAUGUAUUUCAUAUUAUGUCAAAAGUUUAAGUUUGUUUAGGCUGACAUUAACAUUUGCAAGCCAAUGCAAACGGUAGCUAGUCGUGCUUGAUAGCAUAAAUAAGAAUGUUCAGUGGUAA